CGACUGUAACAGCCAGCCGAUGAUUCGUCGGGAAUUACCGAGCGCUCAGGACUCUCGGACGAUGAGUUUAGUGUUUAUGCCGGUCAACUUACCGACAGCUCGCAUGCGCUCGGAAUUAGAUUACACUUUCGUUCGUAUAAAUACGAUUCGCACUCAAAUGAAGUAUAAAACAUAAGUUCGUACUCUGCGAUUUAAACUAGUCAUAUUACUUGAGCGACGCCCAGAGGUUGGAUUCUAAGUUCAGUGUUGUGCAAGUUGUGUUUGAAAUAGCGCGAUAACGAGAUGAAACUUUUCUGCAGCGUGCUUCUAACGGCCGCGGUUCUAUGUGCAAGCGGCCAUGUCGUUCCGUCGAACCGCCACAGCAGGGGUGCGGGAGAAAGUGGCAGUGCGGCAGCUGCCGGAGCCCAGUCAGCCAGUGGGGGAGGCUUCUACGGAGGGCAUAGUGGAAGCAAUGCAGCGGCUAAUGCGCAAUCAUUCGGGUUCGGAUUUCCCCAGCAACCGGGAUUCCCCCAGUUUGGACAACCAUUUGGACACAUGCCACAGAUGCCGCAAUCCGGACAUAUGCCACAGUUCGGUCAGUUUCCACAAUUCGGAGGGCACGGAUUCACGAGCUCGGGAAGUAGUGCCUCAUCCGGGUCUUUCUCCGAAAGCGGCCAUGGUGGGGUGAAAUCGGGAUCAGAAUCAGCAUCGCAAUCGUUUUCGGUUGGUGGUGGACACGGUGGACAUAGUGGAUCAGGUUCUUCGGCCGGCUCGCAAUCUUUCUCUGCCGGUGGAGGUCACGGAGGUCAUGGAGGUCACACUGGAUCGGCUUCCAAUGCGGGAUCGCAAUCGUUCACCGCUGGGGGUGGUCACGGAGGUCACGGAGGUCAUGAAGGUCUUUCGGGAUCAGCUGCAAAUGCAGGAUCGCAAUCCUUUUCGGCGGGCGGAGGACACGGUGGGCAUGGUGUUCCACAGGGUCACCAUGGAGAGGGUGGACAUGGAGUCGGAGUCGGAUCUGCUAGUGGAGCGGGAGCACAGUCAUUUGGUUCUGAGCACGGUGGUGGCCAUGGAGGACACGGUGGUCAAGGCAGCUCUGGAAGUGGGGCUCAAGCUGGAUCGCAAUCAUUCAACGCCGAUGGCGGUCAUGGUGGUCAUGGUGCUCAAGGUGGUCAUGGCGGUCAAGGGCUUCACGGUGGCCCAGUUCCCUCCUCAUUCGGCCCGGGAGGCCACGCGACCGAAUUUUCGAAACAGGGUGAUAGAUUCGGGGUUCGAAUUGGCACGGAUGAGUCAGCCGAUGGCAGCGUUAAGAAGACAGAAAGCGAAUCCUGGGUAUGGCAAAAUUAAACCUCAAUAAUAAAGUACAUAUAAGAAAAAUGUUUCUACAAAACAUGACUUUCAA